AUGAAACUAUUCUACACUUUGGCCCUCUGGGCACCUACUCUUGUGUCAGCCCAGCUGUCUGGAUGGCAAAACCGACGUCGGCCCAGCCAUUCUGGAGGCUGGGAUAACUGCUCCUCUGGGGGUCUCAUUUACGUACCCCCGGGUAACUAUGCACUUGCGACGGAUCUGGAACUCAAGCACGGUGAAUCCACUGCCUUCCAGCUGGACGGUGUUUUGGCGCGCGGUCAUGAAGGCGCUUACCAAUUGAUCCUGGUGCGCGAUUGCCAUGACUGCGAAUUUUUCAGUGGUAAUUCCCAAGGCGCAGUCCAAGGAUACGGGUAUGAAUACCUUCAAGAUGGGAAUUACGGUGAACGACUCUUCCGAUUCCAGGAUGUCAGUGACUUCUCGAUCCAUGGCUUUGCUGCGAUUGACUCCCCCGCGUAUUACUUCGUCUUCGAUACCGUUUCCAAUGGGGAGAUCUACAAUCUUCUUGUUCGAGGAAUCGCUGACCUGGGUAUGACGGACGCAUUCGAUAUAUGGGGCCAGAACGUAUGGGUCCAUGAUAUCGAGGUUACCAAUGGCGAUGAGUGUGUGACUGUUAAGUCGCCGGCCUCGGACUUUCUCAUCGAAAACAUCUACUGCAAUCUGAGCGGAGGAACCGCCAUUGGCUCUCUGGGUACUGGCACCAACAUUACCAACAUCCACUACCGAAACCUUUACAUGAACCAGGCAGACGCGUGUUAUUUGAAGACCCACAACGGUGAUGGAAUAGUCAAGAAUAUCGUCUGGGAGAAUGUCAUCGUGCACGGAGGCCCUUAUCCUCUCGCUGUGAAUGAAGCCUGGGGAAAGGACGUGGGUUCUACAGGCGUCCAAAUUCAGAAUCUGACCUUCCGCAACUGGUACGGUGAAAAUGUCGCGAACAGCCGACCGGCGAUCCGAAUCGAGUGUGACGAGGACGUCCCCUGCUACGACAUCACCCUCGACAACGUCAAUUUGUGGACGGAGGACGGAGACGAGGUCAACUGGUCCUGCGCCAAUGCAUACGGCACGGGUGCCUGUCUACAAGAGGCGAAAGACACCGAUGAUCUCACCACCUAUACUACGGCUGUUACUGUGACUGCAACGCCGUCUUAUUCCGCUACGCGUAUGCCCGGUGAUUUUACGACGAAUCCUCCGUCCACCACUUCCUUUACGAUUCCUCCCAUGCCCACCAGUUUCUUCCCGGGGGCAACUCCUAUUUCGAGUCUCUUGAGCUUGAGUGGUGCUGGUGGUCUCUGA